GCACCCAGAACAGAUGAGAACCAAUGGCGCGCGACAUCCUGCCGGAGGAAAAACGACUGUUCUGUUGAAAAACCGAGACGGGGAGCGAAGCUGCUCUACAAACUCGCCCGGCACUGAGCUCAGCUCUCACCGCUGCGCCUCUCAUACAGCGAGGGUACAUUUCUGCACUAGUUUGACGCCAAUUAGUGAUUUCUCGGCCCGUUAUAGCGCACAGAUGGAGACCAGAAACGCCACUGAGGAAAAGCCUGUCCAGCGGUCCAAGUCUUUUAGUUUUAAGACCCAGAAGGAAGUGUGCACAUCAUGUGAGAAGACGGUCUAUCCAAUGGAGAGAUUGGUGGCCAACGACCAGGUCUUCCAUCUGUCUUGUUUCUGCUGCAAACACUGCAACGCCAAACUCAGCCUUGGCACCUUUGCAGCCCUUCAAGGAGAGUUUUACUGCAAACCCCACUUCCAGCAGCUUUUCAAAAGCAAAGGAAACUAUGACGAGGGCUUUGGACGCAAGCAACACAAAGAGCUGUGGGCCUCCAAGGAGACAGAUAAUAUAACAAAGACACCAUGAUCCCGUCUGCCUGUAUGCCGCCCCAGAUCUGCCUUUUAUUUUCUGCUUAACUUCUCUAGUUUUCCUUUUAACAGUGACUACAGAAAUGCACUCUUUUUGAACGCCAUCACACAAUUCUUUUAUUGCCUUUUUCUGUUUUAUUUUCCAAUUUCCACUUUAAUAUUGGUUGAUUGUGACCAAAAAGCCUUCUCUGGUAUGCAAAGUAACAAAACUCCUCUUAAAUGGUUUCUGUUUGACUUUUCUCCAUAAUUUGCUUCAUGUUUUCUUUUUUUUUAUAAGAUAGUCGUAUGCUCGUAUAAAUUUCCUGCAUUUAGAGCAUGCACUCAGGUCAACCUUUACACAAGAAUGAAGUUUAAAGUUAUAAAUAAAAGAUCAUCCUCUGCAGUAGGAAAGCCUGUUAGACAGCUCUGCCAGUCAAAGUUAAUUUCAGGAGCAAACAGGGUACCCUGUAAGAAUUGUGCACACCGGCAACAGCUCACCUCAUGUUUUGGUUUCAAUAUUUAUCUCUAUAAAUCUCAGCCCCUGAUUCCCACUUUAAGACGGCAUUAGCCCCUACCCCCUGCAUGUGGACCGGGUCCCAAAAGCCGUGUCUUCUGAUGGUCUUUCGUGUCGUGGACGGUUCGGUUCCAUGGAUGAACAGCAAACAGUUUUGAGAGCUUGUUCCUCCCUGUGCUUUUUAAUGUACAAAUGUUGAUGUAAUUGUCAGCGUGUGUAUAGUGUCAACAUAGCGUUGUAGUUUGUGGUUGGUGAACAGCCCCCCCCGUACUGUACUUGUGGUGCACAAACGUUUAUUAUAUAUAGGCAGGAUGUUGGAAAAUGACUCAAAGGUGCACAAAAGCCCCUGAAUCCAAAAAAUCUUUAUUAAAAGGACCCACUCCGAUCAUCCUUUGAGCUAUUUUUAAAGUGUUCCCAGUGGUCUUUUAAUUAUGAACAUGCAGGGUUUUUUU